AUGUCCGUCGAUGCACUUCCUGGCCAGCAGUGUUCCAACUGCGGCACCACGAAAACUCCCCUAUGGCGACGGGCGCCUGAUGGAACUUUAAUUUGUAAUGCGUGCGGACUCUAUUAUCGGUCCAAUAAUUCCCAUCGACCGGUCAAUUUGAAACGACCUCCAAAUACCAUUCCGGUGUCAUCAAAGCAGGGUUCCUGUCGAGGCGAUGGUCAUUGUAAUGGAACCGGAGGAUCGGCAGCGUGCCGAGGAUGUCCAGCUUACAACAACCGGGUGGUGAUAAAAAAGGACUCCGAAAAACAGUCUGAUUCCGAUGACGAAACCGCCAAAAACCUGCCGCUGUCGCCGGGUCAGAACUCUAUCAGCAACAAUGGAGCCUCAAAUGGCGCCGAAGACUCGGACAUGGCCAUUGCAUGCUACAAUUGUGGCACCACCAUCACUCCUCUUUGGCGCCGAGACGACGCUGGAAAUACCAUCUGCAAUGCCUGUGGGCUCUAUUACAAGCUCCACAAGAGCCACCGACCGGUGAAAAUGAAGCGUACCACCAUCAAGCGCCGAAAACGCCAUCUCAACGAAACGACGUUGUCCACAGCCUCGGAAAAUAAUCGCAUUGAAAAACCUAAAAAACUGCCCAAUAUCGCCCCUAAAAAGUCCCCCGGCUCCGCUAAAAGCUCAACCCAGUCGCCACGGCCCCCUCAGGGUGCAUUGGGACCUCUCCCUCCUAUAGCAAAUGGGCCCCCAAUGUUCGGUCCUGGUCACGGUAGCCACGGCCCUGCCCCUUCUCAUAUGGCACCACCAGGCUUUGGUCCACCUCACGGCCCGUCACAUUACCCUCCAUACACAUUUCAUCCCUAUGCUGGACUCAGAAUACCCAACGGACCCGGCCCAGUACCGGGCCCACCACCUCCGAUGGGGUUUGCUUAUACGGUCUCUGCGCAGGCGCCAUACAUGUAUGGAGGUGCUACUGUGCCUCCUGGACCGGUGCCAGGUCCCGCCAUGCAUUCAAUGGUCCGAACUCCGCCGCACGUAGGACAGGGCUCUGCUCCUUCGCAGCUUCCACCCAUCAAACUUCCGCUGCUCAAUCUCCCAAAGGGUUACCAGGCGUCUACAAUUCACGUUACGCCGAAAUCGCCAAAAUCUCCGAAAUCGCCAACCAUUACUUCCAAGAGGACAAAAACACCCAUUCCCGUGGAUUUCACCACAGCAUUUCCCAAAGUGGAGCCUAUAGACGAGAAAAUUUCCGAGGAUGCAGGCACCCGUUUGUCAAUUGGCGGGCUCUUGAACAAAAAAUAG